AGGCGAGGAGUGGGCGGCAAAAAGAGGCGGAGCGGCUGGCUGGUGUGCGCCUGCGUGGUGGCCGGCAGGAGCGUGAGUGGCACCUAUAAAAGAGGGCGACCAGACUUGAUGCGCAUCAGUUUUAAGCCAACCACACAAACAUCAUGAAGCUUCUGGUACUCCUCGGGCUUGUGGCAGUAUGCUCCGCCCGUCCCCAAUUGAUCGUCUUGCUGAAUGGAGGUGAAGGACAACAAACCCCUGUAAACCUAACCCCCGCCCAGAUUGCCAAUCUCCAAGAGUCUCUCGUGCCCCUCCUCAACAUGAACGGUGCCGCCGCCGCUGCCGAGGCUCCAGCUGCUGCUGCUGCUGCUGAUGCUGCUCCAGCUGCCGAGGCUCCUGCUGCCGAGACUCUAGCUGCCGAGGCUCCAGCUGCCGAGGCGCCUGUUGAAGCUGCUGCCGAAGCCCCCGUAGCUCCCGCCGCAGACCCAGCUGGCAAUGCCGUGGACGCCCAGUUCUCUUCCUUCUUCUUCCCUGACGAUUCCCCCGAGGUGAAGGCCGCCAAGAGGGCUCACUUUGCCGCCGUGGCCGCCGCCAAGGGCGUUCCUGUGGCAGCACCUGUUGAAACUGCACCAGUGGAUGAGGCAGCAGCUGCUGAGGCUGCUGAGAUGGAGGCUGCUGAGGCUGAGGCCAGGGCUGCUGAGAUGGAGGCUGCUGAGGCUGAGGCUGCUGAAGCCGAGGCUGCUGAAGCCGAGGCUAGGGCCGCUGAAGAGGCUGCUGCUGCUGAAGAGGCUGCUGCUGCUGAAGCUGAAGCUGCUGCUGAAGCCGAAGCCCUGGCUGCUGAAGAGGCCGCUGCUGCCGAAGCUGAAGCUGCUGAAGCUGCUGAACUAGAGGCUGCUGAAGCUGCUGAGGCUGAAGCCCUGGCUGCUGAAGAGGCCGCUGCUGCUGAAGCUGAAGCCGCUGAGGCUGCUGAGGCCGAGGCUGCUGAAGCUGCUGAGGCUGAAGCCCUGGCUGCUGAAGAGGCCGCUGCUGCCGAAGCCGAAGCCGCUGAACUUGAGGCUGCUGAAGCUGAGGCUGCUGAGCUUGAGGCUGCUGAAGCUGAGGCUGCUGAGCUUGAGGCUGCCGAGGCCGCUGAGGCAGAGUUGGCUGCUGAGGCCGAGGCUGCCGAGGCUGCUGAGAUUGAGGCUGCUGAGGCUGAGGCCGCUGAGGCUGAGGCCGCCGAGGCUGAGGUAGCAGCGUAAAGAGAAGUGCGGGUGUAGAUCAUGUAGAUAAGUUAAUUGUGUGUGUGCCAGUGUGAAUGUGUAUGUAUGUAUGCAUGUGUUGGUGAACGUUUAAUAAACUAUGUAUCAGAA